AGAAAGUACACGACCUGGCUGGUGCUUAGCCAACCGCACACGAGGGGUCGCCAUGGAGGUGCAGUUGCCCCCCCUUCACGCACCAACCUGGCAGUCCAGACCUACCAGACCUGGUCGAGGUCUAAAAGCCGAUGCUCUCGAGCGAAGAGGUCGCACCGGCGACCGGAGGGCGCCGACCGGCCCGGGUCAUCUUUCGUUGCUGAUCCCUUGCAUUGGCGUGAGCCUCACUGGCAGACGACAACGCAGGCUUGCAACUCAUGCCAAACUAGAGGAUACGCUCGCACAUGUCUUCAAGUCGUAUGGAGAGUUUGUGAAUGAAGACCCUGCCAACAAGCUUUGGUCAGUGGAGGAGGAGGAUGUGUCCGACGAGUAUGUCUCCUACUGCCGGUUUCGCGUCGACGGAAUACCUGUACGCCAAGCACGGAGUGUAGGAAACACGCUGCGGCGAACCCUACUCCGGCAGGACCUCUUUCGAAGCGUUGCACCCGUCGCUUUCCGGUUGCGCCGCAGAUCCUUUGAGGUGGCGACGGGGAAGGUCUUUGUAUCGCGAUCUCAACCUGCACUGCAUGAAUAUGCCUCUGUUCCGGGCGUGCAGGAGUCUAUGAUCGAUGUCGUGCGGUUUGUCCAACAUCUAGCUGUCGCACCUGCUGGGUACCUACCGAGCAACCUGCCUCUUGCUGCAGAAGCUCCCAAUUCCAAUCAACCAGACAGUUGGCGCUGGAUUGCUCGCAGAUGUGGGCCUUGCGCUGUAAGAGCCAGUGAUUUGGAUGCGAUUGAUGGCUCUACAUUCUACGAAAGGCCUAUGUGCUUGCCUGUGGAUCAGCAUUUACUAACUAUCUCAGCCCCUGCCAUCAUUGAGUUUGAAGUAGAAGCCACCUGCUGCUCGCAGACUGAAUGGGAAAUUGCGCCAGCCUUUGAAGAAUAUCGCCAACGGCUUCGAUUUGACCAUUGGCUCAUGGUUCCACCGCUCUUUUCGCCAGUGAAGAAAGUGAACUAUUUGAUCACUGGAGAGGAAGAUCAGGAGGUGCUUCAGCUCGAAGUCUGGACGACAAAGUCUGCGAACGCUUCGUCGCUGCUGCGCUUGGCUUCUGCCUCGUUGCUGGCCGGCCUUGAAGCCCGGAAGGGCCAAAUCAGUGUGCCAGAACCGAGCGAGUUGCCAGGCAUGAGGCAUGCAAACCCUCCCAGUGGACCGCCGGGACACCCAGGUCUUGCUGCAGGGUGAUGAUGCGCUGGCAGAGUUGCUCAACAGUGUGCAAAACGAUCCAUCCCUGAUCUCUGCAGGGGCUGCGGAGAGGGAUGAAGACCUGAGCACUUUGACCCAAGGCUUGUUUGAUGAGUGACUCAACAUUCCCAGCGCUGAGUGCUUACAACAGAUGACCCUGGCAGAGUCCAAGUUAAGAAGUUAAAUUGCCAGCAGUGUCCCGAAUGGGCGAGCAAAAAGGAG